UUUAUCUUCUUUUACAUGCGCUUGCAACACCAUUAAAGUUUUCCAGUUGUCCUUUUGUUUUGUAGAUGGGAGAGUACUCGCAGAUGCCCCCUCAUCUAGCACUUUCUGCUGAUAAAGAUGAUGGCAAGUACCUUUCCGGUCUUAGUACUGUAAUGGUUGCCACAAUUCAGGAAGUGAAAGACAGAAUGUCUCAGAUUGAACACAUCUUCUGCGGUGAGCUGUUCCCAAAAUUUCAAUUGAACUCUAAAAACUUGGAGGAAAGCUUUGCAGAGGCCAAAAGAACAGAAGAUGAAUGGAGAAAGAAGGAAAAGUCUCUGUUAUUUAUAAUUGAAGAGCUUCAGUUUGAAAAGAAACACAUCAUUGAACAAAACCAGCGAUUGGUUGCCUCUUUCAAACUGAAAUUAGUGAAUAACAAUGAGCUGGUAGAGGAAGGACCAACAAAUGAAAAACAGCUUCCAGACAAAAUUGAAAGUUUAGGGGUGAAUGAAGAGGUUGAUAAGUUCCAUGAGCAUAUCAGACAGGGGAUUGAGGAACUGACCUGGAUAAAGAGCUGUGGAGAAAAAGCCUCUCAGAUGGUGAAUAGUGAGGAGAUUUUGAAUGAGCAUCAAAUGGAUAUGCUUCUUUCCACAAUGAGAAGUGUAAAGGAGAAAGUUUUUGAGCUCCAGUACAAGCUUGAGUAUAAGAAUCGAGAAAUGGCUGAAGGAAGGGAAAAACAGGCAAAUUUACUCAAGAUGCUUGAAUCAAGCUAUAAUGUGGAAUUGGUGAAAGACCGGCUUUUGCAGGAGCUUUUGAGUAACAAGGAAAUGCUUCUGUCCAAAAUAGAAAGCCUGGAGAAGAAUAUUUCUACGCUCCAAUAUGAGAUUCACCAGCAGACUAAGGAAGUGGCUAAUGGAGAAGGCUUGCAAAAAAAACUACGCAGGAAGCUUGAAUCAGAAGACUUUGUGAUACAGAAGAUCAAUCAGCAGUUGGAAGAGCAUGCAGUAAAUAAGAUACGGCUCCUGUCUACAAUAAAAUCUCUGGAGAAGGAUGUGGAUGACCUCCAACAUCAGCUUACACAGAAGAGUCUUCAAGUGGCCCAGUUAACUCAAUCAAGAGAGAAACUACUAAAGAAUGUUCAAUCAAAUGUUUUUCGUCUCCAAUAUGAGGUCAAGCUUGGCACUGAAGAAAUGUCUGAAGGAAAGAAAUUGGAAGAGAAGCUACUUGGAGUCAUUGAAUCAAAAUCAUCUCAGAUAGUGGAUCUUAAGGCCAAACUGGAAAACAUGAAAGAGAAUGCCAAUGACCUCAAAGAGGAACUGCAAAAAAAGACUUGGGAAGCAGAUGAGAGAAGAAAUGAGCAUGAGAAAGAUAAGAAAAUGUUUCUGGAAAAAACAAAAAGUCUAGAGGAGAAUCCUGUUCAUCUCCUGUACGAACUCAAGUGGAAAAAAGAAGAAAUAUCUGAGAGCAAGAAAUUGCACGAAAAAUUACGAGGAAUGGUUGAAUCAAAAGCCUCCCAGAUAGAGGAUCUUUUGGUCAAACUGGACAGUGCAAAGGAAAACGCCAAUGAGCUCAAAGUGGAGCUUAGGAAAAAGACUGGGGAAGUAGAUGAGAGAAGGAAUGAGCAUGAGAAGGACAAGGAAAUGCUUCUGGAAAAAACAAAAAGUCUAGAGGAGAAAGUUGGUCAUCUCCAGUAUGAGCUCAAGUGCAAAACUGAAGAAAUGGCCGAGAAAAGGAAAGUGCAUGAAAAACUACUAGGCAUGGUUGAAUCAAAAGCCUCUCAGAUAGUGAACCUUCUGGCCAAACUAGAAAGUGUAGAGAAGAAUGCCAAUAAGCGCAAAGACAUCAGAGAAAUAACUGAAGAAAUAGCUGCGGGAAGUAAAUUGCCAGAGAAAUUAGUCCAGCAAUCUGAAUUGGAAACAUCAGACAUAUUACAGAAUGAGUAUUUGUGGAGCAAGCAUGAAAAAGAGAAGAAACUACUUCAAGAAAGAGUUGAAAGUUUAGAGUCUACUGUUGAUGAGCUUCAAAAUGAGCUCAAGCAGAAGACAGAAGAAGUGGCCGAGGGAAAGAAACUGCAAGAAGAAUUACUCCAGAAGGUUGAAUCAACUGUCUCUCAGAUAAUGAAGGAGAAGUGGAAAAAUAGAGAAAUGAUUGCUUCCUACAAAAGUUUGAAAUCACAAUACAACUUCCUCUGCAGCAAGUUUGGUCUAACUGCAGAAAAUACACUCCACAACCGGAUGGAAGAGGAAAGUAAUUCAUCAAGGCUUCAUCAUACUCAUGGAGUCUCACAAGAAAAUGAAAAUAAAGAUCCAGAUACUCCUGUCUCCACUUCCAAUGCGAACAAACAAAAGAAUGAGAUCAAUCCCCAGGAAAAAUUGGAAAAUGAUGGAAGGUCUGGUUUAAAUCACUGCUCAAGUUCCCGCUCACCUGCUUGCAGGUCCUCUAGUGCAUCUACAUGUCCCACCUAUGUGCAACCCAAAUUACUUUCUGGGAUAAAGCGACCAUUUUCUAAUUGGAGAGACACUAGGUCUGCAGGGAGGAGGGAUUUGCAUCAUGAUUUUCUUUGUACUCCCAUGGAGAAUAUUAAAGCGAACUUAAACACAGCUGCGAAGGGAGAGAUCCCUGAUUUUCCACUCCCAGCUCCGGAAGGCAUUGAUCCUGAGAGCUCAGAUGAUGAAACACAAGAUAUACAUGUUGAUCCUUCACCAAAAAAACAUCAACUAUCAACUAGAAGGCCUGAGGUAAAAAAUUUUAAGUAUGUGGAACCAGUGAGAAAGAGAGCGGAAAGAGAGAAACUGAAAGGUAUUGAAUGCAAGCAGUGCAAGAAAUUCUAUGAUGCUGUUCUACCUGAUGGUGAAGGUUUGGGCACAGAUAAUAUUAGCACUCGCAAUUUCCGUUGUGAGCAUCAUGAUGGUGUUUCAAGGCAUCGGUAUAAGUACAUUCCACCUAUGACUCCUGAAGGAUUUUGGAAUAUUGGAUUUGAUUCUGACAUUUGAUUCCUUUUAGAGUGAUGUUAAUUGGAUUAAACUAGGUUUAAUUCUUGAGAUCUUGUUCAUUUCAGACAAUGAUAAUAGAAUACUUGAAAAGUGAUGUUAAUAUAAUAUACUCCAAAAGUUUGUUAUCAUUUUACAGGGU